AUCAACAUUUGCGACAAGCCCGAGUCCCUGUUCGCUUGGGUAAUCGAUUUUUGCGCCGGUACCUUCUAGCAGCACUUGUAAGCCAGCCUGUUUACGCGGAGACGGCUACCGCCGCGGCAGCACGAUGCCCACACCUGCAGUGAUGACACCUACUGGCGCGAGGAGCGGGUCGGUGCCAGCGCGCGACGAGGGUGCGCUCAGGCAGCAGUUGCUUGCAGCGUACCACGCGUACCACAACCGGUCCAGCGGCGCCGGCGCUUAUUGUGCGCACGCGCCGGAGCCGUAUGCAGCCAUGGCCAGCCGGGGGGAUUGGUCCACGGAACUGUGGGACGUGUGCUCACAGCCCGGCGGCAUGAAUAUGUGCUGUCUGUCGCUGUGGUGCCCAUGCAUCCAGUACGGCAUGCUAUUGGAGCAACUGCCGCCGGGCUCGGUGACGUGUGCGGGCAGCCUGGCGGGCGGCUGCGCGCUGUUCGGCGCGCUGUGGCUGUUGGGCGACAUGCUGGGGGCGGCGCUGCUGACCAAGAUAUUCGUGCUGCCGUGCAGCGCGCUGGUUCACACGCAGACGCGCGGCUACAUCCGCCGCAAGUACGGCAUCCAGUCGCAUCCGCUCCACGACUUCUUCAUCACCUGGUGCUGUGGGCCGUGCGCGCUAUGCCAGGAGGCGCGAGAGGUGGUGAUUCGGCAGGCGGCGGAGCGAGAAGAUGUAUCAAGCCGCACGCCGGUGCAGCGCAUGUCGCGCCCUGGCUCCGUGCACGGUCAGAACGGCCACGCCGCACACCCACUGCCGGCGUCAGCCGCCCCCGCCCCCGCGGCGGUUGGGCUGGGAUCGUCAUCUGCGUCAGCGGCGGCCGCAGCCGCAGCGCUGGCGGCCAUGUCACCCGGGGGAGCACCCGGCGGGACGGUCCGGGGCGGGAUGGCCUUCGCGCCCUCAAGCAACGGGGCGCUCGCGGAUGGUACAGCAGGUGCUGCGGCCGAAGGCGGGGGCGGCGGUGCCACUGCGUUCGCGGUCUACAGCAAUCCGCUGCUGUCAGACCCGCUGCUCGGCGCAGCGCCCGCGCACCUGCUCAACCAGGAGUCACAUGAGCAGCCCUUGCUCCGCACCCCCGAGCCAUCUGAAGGCACAGCAGCGGCAGCGGCGGCAGCCGCGCUGCCGGCGACAGCAGCGAAGCAGCCCUGCUCGCCGCCGGCGCAGCCCACCGCGCCCGCGGCGGACGCCCGAAGCGGCAUCCUCGUCUCGGGUGCGGCCACCAUCCUGGCAAGCGGCGUGACAAACAGCAUUUCCAAUCUCACGCCGCGCCAUAGCGGCGGGGGCGUGCGGAUGCUGCUGGCCGCGGACGCGUCAAACGCAGCGGCUGCGGGCGCCGGGACGGGUGUUGUCGUAAGGGCGUACUCGUCACCGGUGCGAAAGGCGGUGGCCAGGCAGAGCUAGAGAGCCCGGAUCUGGUGGCCAGCGGUGCGAGGGCGCAGGCGUAGGCUGCGGCAUGAUGUUGAUGCGAAAGGCUUUGGUCACGAGGGCGCGGCACGACACGAACAUAGUGGUGUUUGCCGGCCAGGGUCCAUGUCGGCUGGGUCGGCAGGUGGGCUGCAAAACCACGGCAGGCGUGCAAACCGUGCACUUGGGGAGCGGAGCCGGUCCCCAGCGGCGUGAUUGCGUCGGCGCCAGGAUGGGGAGGGGGCUAGCGGCAGCGUUGCCCUGAGCUUGGUGCUGCGUGUUUGGCGCAAGGCGCGAGUGAUUUAUGGUCAAUGUUGCUCAUGAGCCAUAAGCAAUGUGCCGCGAAGUUAACUUGACGCUGUGUGGAGCCCCCUGGUGGGCUUGAUUGUACUGUACAUCGUAUGUGUCGCCCCUAAGGAUUGGCGACGGGCACGCCAUGCGCGUGCGCCCUUUCAUGUUUCUUGGGUGGUGUGCUAGUACUGACAAGUGUACUGUUCUCUUGGUGUGCAUGGGCAAAAGCAUGGUUGAAGUGCACUGCUCCAGGUGCUAUCGUACCUGCUACCGUAUGCAGGUGAGGCAGUCUUUGCAGUGGAGCAUAGCGAUGGUUGCAAUGGCUGGGUGUCAAGGUGAACCAGUGAUUAACAUAACGUGCUGAGUCACGCGGGGAUUGCGAGAGAGCCUCGGGUGCCCCCCGUCGGCUGGUCCGAUCACGUGGGUGGGGCGGUAGAAGCCAGCAACCGAGCCCACUUCGGGGACAGGUUCGAUCUGUGGUACGAGAGCUGCCGCUCCAUGCUUGGCACGUGCUGUGCAGCUCUAGGGCUCUAGUGGUGUACUGGGUGAAGGGGAAUUGCUCGCAUGGAUUUGUAUGGGUGUUGCAGGGUAAUGCAGCAGGCUUAGGUUACAUUUCCCGACAACCUGGAAGAUCUUUUACUGAACGCGCUAGUGGGAUCUGGUCAACUUGGAGACGACUCCACGACGACGACGCCUGGUUGGCUGUGGCUGCUCAAACUGACACCCGGCUGUGUCCGAGAGAUUAGAUAGUAUAAAAUCCUCGGCCUCAGCACGAUAGACGUGGUGUGGGCUUAGUGGUCUCUGCCCACUAUUCUCGCGCUUUGUGCACAGACCUUACAGGCGCAUGUCCACGGUGGAAGUCUCAGUCAUGCAUUACCAUACGCCCAAACGGGCAGCGUGCCCUUGUGGUCGGACUGUCCCGUCUUGUCGAUUUCGCAUCCAGUCAACAGCCCUGCCAUAACCACCCCUUCCUCUGCGCCCGCAAUACAGCCUACGACAAUAAUCUCGCUUCAGUACCUGCGGCGUGCGUCUUCACCAGCAGGAAGCGGGUCGCACUGCGCAGCCGUCCCGGUGGCGGUGCCCAAGCCAACAGUUCAGUCUCAACCCUGGCCCAACAUGAAUGCCCUUCUUAGGACACGGCCAGGCACAAGCCAUCUUGCAUAGGUGCAGCAGCGUAAGCAGUAACCCGUGUUCCAGUGAGGUCAGCGCAUGGUCGGCAGACCAUGCCUUUCGCAAGUGUGCAUUGACAAGAAAGAUAUUGGCAAUGAAGCCCGAUGAAGUUUGACCCUGGCAACGAAUUUGCUACAAUUAGCAGUAUAGAUACCAUGAUCUGCCCCACAGCUUCGGUUGCGCGUCAACGCAUACUUUCACACGCGCACACACGCACGCACACACGCAUGCAAACACACACAAGCCCCUGUCACGAACC